CUCAGACCACGCUGACGGCAGUGAAGCGGUCACAUACAAGUGAGACAGCACAUCUCUCAAGGCAAAGGCGUCCUCGGUUCGGAUUUCUUUGCCAUGUCGGUUCGUUCACCGCAGCCUGUACGCGUGGACAUCUAAGUGGGCAGCAUGGGCAUUCAAGGCCUGUUGCCGCUUUUAAAGUCGAUUCAAAAGCCAUGUAGUCUCAAACAGUUCGCUGGGCAGACCAUUGGCGUUGACGCCUAUGGAUGGCUCCACAGGGGAACAGUAUCCUGCGCCGUCGAGCUGGCAACAGGCAAGCCCACGACAAAGUAUGUAGAGUUCGCCAUGAGCAGAGUCCGGAUGCUUAAGCACUUCGGCAUUACCCCGUACCUGGUCUUCGACGGCGACUAUCUGCCCAGCAAAUCCAAGACCGAGAAGGAGCGCUCUGCGCGUCGCAAGGAGAGCAAAAAGCUCGGCCUGGAGCUCCUCAAUUUGGGCAGAACUUCGCAGGCCUAUCUCGAGCUUCAGAAAGCCGUCGAUGUCACCCCGGAAAUGGCUGGUCUGUUGAUCGAGGAAUUGAAGCGCGCAAGUGUUCCUUAUGUUGUGGCGCCGUUUGAAGCAGAUUCGCAGAUGGUGUAUCUUGAGAAGCAGGGUCUCAUCGACGGCAUUCUAUCUGAGGAUUCUGAUCUACUGGUCUUUGGCGCGAGGAGACUUCUCACCAAGUUGGAUCAAUACGGCAAUUGCAUCAUGAUUCGACGCGAUGACUUCACAGCGUGCCGGGAGGUCAGUUUUGCCGGCUGGUCAGACAGAGAGUUUCGCCAAAUGGCCAUCUUAAGCGGUUGCGACUACCUAAACAGCAUUGAAAAGAUGGGCUUGAAGACGGCGCAUCGCUUGCUCCGUAAACACAGGACGGUCGACCGGGUAAUUCGGGCUUUGCAGUUCGACGGAAAGUUCAAGGUUCCGACGGGCUAUGCAGAAGCUUUCCACCAGGCUGAACUUACCUUCUUACACCAGUGGGUGUACUGCCCAAAGGCUAAAAGCUUGGUCCAUUUCAUGCCACUUGAGGACGGGAUGAGCGCUGAGGACCUACCCUUCAUUGGUGCUUUCGUAGAUGCAGAGACUGCCUCAGGAGUUGCCCGCGGCGAAUUGCAUCCGCACUCAAAAGAGCCAUUGAAGCUACCGGACGUACCGAAGAGAUCUUGGAUGAGCACAUUGCAGCAAACAAAGCCAGCCAUCGUCGAGACGCCGGCACUCAAGAGGCACAAAUCGAUCGAUUCAUUUUUCAAGCCAAAGCGGACACCCCUGGCCGAACUCGAUGUCAAUCUUUUUACAGGCUCACCAAGUCAACAGGAAAUGGCUCGACGCGCUUCUGGCACGUCCUGGCCCGCCACACCUGUGGAAAACCAUACGCCUACCACUAGCAUAUCAAGACCAUCUGCCAUACCAUCCUCAGCGCCUGCCGCGGCACGACGUACCUUCUCAGGCAUUACACCCUUGAGCACACGCUCUGAGCGUGCGCCCAAAAGGCAGCGACUUUGCGCGGAUGGUUCAUCUCCCGUUUCGCAGAGGAACGUAGAGAAGAUAGAGUUUGGUACAAGCAAAUUCUUUGGCGGUCCAAACGUGGCAGGAACGCCGUCCACAGGAAAGACAAAUGCAAAGAUUCUUGAGUCGGACUUUGCCCUUUGGUCUGACGAUUCAAUUGAGGAGGCUCUGAGUCAACUACCACUACCGGAAGGUUCCAGGACGAAGCCGAAGAUGAGAGUGAAAAAGCUGGAGAUUUUCAGCGACGAGGCUGCGCACAAACAGAGCGAGAUGCCGAGAACGACAGCAUCUCAGGAUAAAGAAAUGCAAACUGCAACUAAAAUGGAAAAAGAGACACAGUCCACGACAAUGUCUACCGUCUUUUCGCAAAGUCAACAGCAGAAAGACACACCGUCCAGCUCCAUUGAUGUCGAAGAAUCAGAACGGCCAUCAGAAUCUCUGUUUGACGCGAACCUAAAGGUUGAAAUAUCGAACCUGCGCGCGAGAUAUUCGCUUGGCGCAGAUCAUCUCUCAAAGAUGCCUUUGGACAAACCGCAGAAACGAUCUUCAAGCCAUGCGCAUCUGUCCAAACUCCAGUUUGACGGAGCGUUCGAUAUCGUCGGCUCGAAGCUCGAGCGCUCAGCGGAGAAAGAGGUACGACACGCUCAGCUUCCGCGGGGCAACAAUGAUCAGAACCAGGCCGAGGACAAGGACGUGGUCGUUCCAGGAAGCGACUCGAUCGAACCGUCGUCCCCAGAAAAGCCUUCUUACGACAACGUCCCGUCCGCACUGCUUGUGGGUGGAACGGAAGAUCUUCUAGUAUCCGAAAGCGAGGCUGAGGCCUCCGAGCCUGAGACGCCAAAGCAAAGUGUCUUCAUGAAUUUGGGACGAUUUGCCUUUGGCGCCGUGUAGGUCACUUUUCUGACGACUUGCAGAGGUUUUUUUUUUUUUUUUUUUUUUGGUUCUCAGGCGACGAUGUUGGUCUCAGCGGUUGUGGAGUUGUUUCUUUGGUUUCCUCUUCACGUCUCUUUUAUUUCUUCAUUUACAUUCGGUCCGUUGAAUCCCACCUUUUCUGAAGUCUCAGUUCCACUUGGCUUUUGCAAGACCCAAAAAAAAUUGGGGUGUCGAAAGGACUCGCCAGGAUGGAACCUGUUCUUCUAGCAUGGAGUUGGGGAGUAGGGAGAGGGAGGCGCUUGAGAAUACGGAUUUUUUUUUUGGGCAUUAGAGAAUAACAGAGAACACAACACUCAGUUUUCGUCCCCGUGCUCUUGCGCCUUGAAAAAGAA